AUGCAUGGGUUGGGUGGACUCCCACGGAGACCCCAGCCAGGCUGUCCCAGCUGCACAGCGUUUCUGGUUUGGAGGUGGCGGGGAGGGCAUGUCAAAGGUAUUUUCAGUAAACCUUCUGUGUCCUCCUUUGGCCAGGUGCUCGUCAGAUCUGAGCUUCAUGCUCCACUAGACUCCCACUGUCUGACAGCAUCAGAAAUUGGCUAUUUGCUCCAGCUUGCCUUCCUUUACACAUGUCACAGCCAGAUUCCAGGUUCUAGCUAUUCCCUGAAGAAGCCGCCCCAGACUGGCUUUCAGGCUGAUCACCUGGGCUAA